AUUAAAAAUAUAGAUAAGAAAAAUGCAAAGUAUUGACUUUGUAUCAUCCGCGGAUUGACAAUGAAAUCUGCCAUAAUGGAGUUGAAUCGGUUUAAUCUUGACUUGAAUAUAUUCGAUCAAGAUGACGUUCGUAAUGUUGUUAGUGUGGUCAAGAGAGAUUAAGAAUGUCAUUAGAUAAUAUUGUCAUGUUGGACAGUACUCUGGAUACCCUGUGUUCAACAGUGUUAUUCGCAUAGCGCACUGGGAAGCUUCUCUUAUGCGUUACUAGCAGACGACAUAUGCUUUGUAUAACGUUGACAUUAACAAAUAUUUAAUAAUCUUUCAAUAAUAAUCGUAUAUAUAUUGCUGAUUGGUUCCUGCGAAAUGUCAUCACCAACACAAGUGAUUAAAAGUGUUGGCCCAAAAUUAGUUCCAUUUUUUAAAAGUGUAUCUGUAUAUUUUGUGCUACUAGCACAGCAGCCAUCUCUAUUAACUGCAUGUUUCAAAUGUUUGCCAAUAAUAAGUCUUAUCGUCUUUGUUUUGUUACAUGGAAUUAGUUUAUCCAAAGAGUAUACCUUUUCUAGACGUAUUUUAACUGGUUUAGUCUUCAGUUGCAUAGGAGAUGCUCUGCUAGUAUGGCCAAAUUGUUUUACUGCAGGAAUGUGCAUGUUUGCUAUUGCUCAAAUCAUGUACAUUUAUGCAUUUGGCUUUAAGCCGAUAAAUUUGCUACUUGGUGCUAUAAUGUACUCAUUCUGUUCCUUAGUCAUAUGUCUUUUAAUGCCUGGUCUAAGUGGUAUUCUAGUCAUAGGUGUUCCAAUUUAUACACUGUUAUUAACUACAAUGGCAUGGAGAGCUAUCGCACGAGUACAAUUUUUUGAGGAAUUAUGGACAUGGACAAAACUAUGCAGCUGUGUUGGCAGUAUAUGUUUUCUAAUAUCUGAUACAUUACUUGGAUUCCAUUAUUUUCGUAGUCCAUUACCUUACUCUCAGGUGUCUAUUAUGUUAACGUAUUAUACAGCACAACUAGGAAUAGCUUUAAGUGCAGUAGAUUCAAAAAAUAAUUACAAUACUGUUGAUAGUACAAAGGCUGUUAGUAAAGUUAAAAAAUAGAAUAAAGUUAUCUUUCAUAGUAAAAAAAAAAUAAUAAAAAUUGGCAUUGAAUUCUAGAAGAAUAAAAGUAUUAUUGUUGUUUAAAUUGAUAGAGAUAAAAUAUAUCUUUCUUAUCAAAGACAUUACUUAAUGUCUGGUAAUAUUUUUCUCUUUAUAAAUACUAACGACCUAUCACUGCCACUAAUAUAGGCAUGAAUUUAUCUUCUUUCUCAUUUUAAACACAUUUUAAAUGUAAUACCUAUACACACAUAUAUAAUGA